GCUGAAUUCAGAAAUGAAACUUCUUAGAAACUUGGGAGACCACCAUCAUAAUAUGAAAGUUCUCAGGCAUAAAGAAGGUGAGCUUCUCUUGCCAAGAAAAAGGCUUGUUACCUUUAACUUUGAAGAGUAUGGUCCAUGUCCUAAAUGUAAAGAGUGGAUGGUACUGAAUUCUUCUAUCAGUAAUCAUCAGAAAACAUGUCCAGUGAAAAGUACAGACUAUCACAAAGGUUCUACAAUCAUACAAAUUGGAACCCUUACAGGAAAAGUGAAGACAACAGGUUCUAAACGGAUGGUGAAAGAAGUGUUACCUUCAAUGAAAAGAGACAAAUUUGCAGAGAUCUGUAUGAAUGAUCAUCCUUGCAUUGGGAGACGUUUGGUUCAUGAAAAACAUUGAUAAUAAAAGAAAAAGAAAAUACUAUUCUAGUUUUCAUAUGAGGCUAGCAGCGUGGCUUCUUUUAGCCUUUAGAAAUUUGGUGAAAAGAAUGGACGUUUCAAUGAGUGAGAUGCUUAGCCCUGAAAACUUUUAUAAUGUGGCAGAAGUAGCUCUUCAAAUUUGCAAUAGUACCGAACAUGAAGAGGAUGAACUCCAGCAUCCUAGCACAGCAAUUAAGUCUGGGUUUGACCUUAUGAGGAUGGCAUCCUCAAAAGUAGGAAUUUCUAUCAAAACAAAAAAAAAAGAAAUGAAGAAAGAGGGAGAAGCAUUUAUGUAUCUUAUGAGUAAAGAAUGGGGUUACAAAGUUAACAAAGUUGCAAGAAGUACUCUGUCAGAGCGAAUGUUUAAUCAGAAGAAAGAGCUCCCUUACCCCGAAGACAUCAUGAAGUUAUCAUCUUAUUUAGUGGAAAACUUGGAAUUUGUAGAUCUAUCUUACACUGCUGUUAGUGGUAUGAUGUUCAGACGCAUUGUGAUGCUAGUGGAAGCACGCCUGAGCUUGCAGUGUUACAGAAAUCGAUCAAAGGAAGUCAGUGCAACCGAUCUCUCUCUUAGAGAACAACUUAGCAAGUUUGAGAAGGAAAUGCUUGACAAUCAGGAAUUGGUGGAGAUACGGGGAAAGAAUGGGACCAGAGUACCGAUUAUUUGUCCGAAGGAGGUUAUCCCUGCAAUGAAUUAUCUUGCCAGUAAAGAAAUUAGAAAAACAGGCAGGAAUAAGAGACGGAAACCCUUUUCUGUUCGCAAAUACUGA